GCGGGAAGUAGUGUGCUAAGCACAUAGGAUGUCUUCGUCACUUCUGUUUGCUGUCCUUUGUUGGUGCCCUGAUUUGAGGAACAACUUGUUCCUAUUCUCAAAUUUGAUGAACAAUGACUGCAACUGUUUUAGAGCUGCUUCAAGAUAUUCUAGAAGACCUGGAACGAGACAAUCUAAAGAAAUUUAGGAGUCGCUUAAAACAAGAUGGACCCAUUGGAGCUGGUAAACUGGAGGAUGCUGCUGUCAUUGAUAUAGUGGAUAUAAUGAUGGAUAGUUUUGGAGCAGAAGAAGCUGUGAAGAUCACACUGAACAUCCUGAGGAAGAUGAACCAGAACCAGCUGGCUGAAGAGUUACAGAACAAGUACACUGAUGUGCAAAAAGCAUUAGAAGCAGCCGAGAAACACACAAGAAAACAAGAUGAUUUAUGGCUGCAGAAAUUUUUGAAAACUCACAAAAUAAACAUGAAGGAGAAAGUAGAACACAUUUUUGAGUGUAAAAAGGAAAAUGAAGCACAUCUCAAGGAUGUUUUCACAGAACUCUUCAUUAUGGAGGGGGAUCUUAAAAAAGUCAAUCAACAACAUGAGAUUCUGAAGAUUGAUAACACCAUUAAACCCCGUAAAUCACAGGAUAGGCCAAUCAAAUGCAAUGAUGUAUUUAGUCUGAACAAAAAUAAGAAAAAGAUUGUGCUGACCAAAGGCAUCGCUGGUAUUGGAAAAACUGUCUCAGUGCAUAAGUUCAUUCUGGAUUGGGCAGAAGGAAAAGCCAAUCAGGCUAUAGACUGUGUUUUCCUGCUUCCAUUCCGAAAGAUUAACUGCAUUAAACACAGAGAGGUGAGUCUGCAUGAGUUUCUAAAGAGAUUUAAUCCUGAAUUGGAGGACUUGGAAACAGCAAAGAUAUGCAAGAUAUAUAGUUGUAAGCUUGCGUUUAUCUUUGAUGGAUUGGAUGAGUCUCGACUGCCCUUGGAUUUUGACAGUGGAAUGGUGACGAGUGUUGAGGAGCGAUCAUCUGUAGAUGAACUGUUUACAAGUCUGGUGAAUGGGACUCUGCUUCCAUCAGCUCACGUCUGGGUGACCUCACGACCAGCAGCAGCCAAUCAGAUCCCUCCUGAGUAUGUAGGGUUGUUCACAGAGGUGCAAGGAUUCACUGACCAGCAGAAGGAGGAGUAUUUCAGAAAGAGAAUCAAAGAUGAGACUCAGGCCUCCAGAAUGAUCUCACACAUUAAGAAAUCUCGCAGUCUCUACAUCAUGUGUUACAUUCCAGUGUUCUGUUGGAUCACAGCCACUGUUCUUCAGGACAUUCCCAUUGGGAACAAUGCAGAGAACAUUAACACAACACUCACUGAAAUGUACAUCCACUUUCUGCUGAUACAGAUGAACAUGAAAAGCCAGAAGUGUGACAGAAAAACAGAAAGAGAAUAUACCAAGCUCUUAGAUUCCAAUAAAACACUGAUUUUGAAGUUAGCUAAAUUAGCUUUUGAACAGCUGAAGAAAGAAAACAUAGUAUUCUAUGAGGAAGAUCUGAAAGGAUGUGGUAUUGAUGUGAGUGAAGACUUUGAGUCCACAGGAAUGCUCACUGAGAUCUUUCAGCAAGAAGCUGGACUUCAUGAGAUGAAGGUCUUCUGCUUCGUGCAUCUGAGUGUUCAAGAGUUCCUUGCUGCAGUGCAUGUGUUCCUCUGCUACCUGGACAAGAACAUGGAGGAGUUGCAGUUUUUCAGUGCAAAAAGACAAAAUGAGGUCAGGCCUGACCACAUAGACAAGCCAGACAAAAAUAUUGCUUUACAUGACUUAAUAAAGAAGGCUGUUGAGAAAGCAAUGGAAAGUCAGAAAGGACAUUUAGACCUAUUUUUACGUUUUCUGCUGGGCAUUUCACUGGAUUCAAAUCAAAACCUGCUCAGAUGCCUGUUCACACACACUGAAGACAGCAAAGACAGUGUCACAGAAAUAACCAAACAUAUUAAAGAAAAAUUACAAAGCUAUAAGCUCAUCUCACCUGAAGCUUCAGUCAACCUGUUCUACUGCUUACUGGAGCUCAAUGACAAUUCAUUAUAUGCAGAACUCCAAAGAUUCAUCAGAUCAUCUUCAGAAAGAAGCCUUUCAUCUUCCAUGUGCUCAUUGUUGGCUUAUGUACUGCUGAUGUCAGAGGAGGUGCUGGAUGAGUUUGACCUGAGGAGGUACAAUACUGAAUCAGGAAGCUACAUGAGGCUCCUGCCGGCUGUGAGAUGCUGCAGAAAAGCAAAACUCUCGUCAUGUGAUCUCUAUGACACCUGCUGUGAAACCGUGGCUUUUGCCCUGCAGAUACCAAACUCACCCCUGAUAGAGCUGGACAUGAGUCAGAAUUACCUGCAUGAUUCAGGAGUGAAGUUGCUCUCUGAUGGACUGAAGAGCCCAAACUGUCAGCUGAAGAUACUGAGUUUGAGACGCUGUUCACUCACUUGUGAGUGCUGUGAAAUUGUGGCAUCAGUUCUACAAUCAUCAAACUCUCGUCUGAUAGAGCUGGACAUGAGAGGCAAUAAUCUGCUGGAUUCAGGAGUGAAGAUGCUCUCUGAUGGACUGAAGAGCGGAAACUGUCAGCUGAAGAUACUACGAUUGGCACGCUGUAAAAUCACUGGUCAGAGCUGUGAAAUUGUGGCAUCAGUUCUACAAUCAUCAAACUCCCGUCUGAUAGAGCUGGACAUGAGUUACAAUGACCUGGAGGAUUCAGGAGUGAUGCUGCUAUCUAAUGGACUGAAAAGCCCAACUGUCAUCUGGAGAUAUUGAGGUUUGAGAUUCAUUUAUUCAGUAUAUUGAAGCAAUGUAAAUUCUUUAAAUACUUAAUGUUUAAUAGAUUAUAUAAUGCAUACAUUUUGUGUAUGUAUAAGAGUAACUGUCUAAAAAAAAAAAAAAAAAAAAGAAUAUUGUUGCAUAGAAAACAAUGUCAAGUGUCAACAGCACUUCAUUUACUCAGAAUCUAAAACCCAAACUUACUUACAUGACUAUUUCCUUCUGGAGAUCCAAAUGUAUUUGUUUAUGAUCCUCAAUAUCGGUAGAUGGCUGUAUAGAUCAAUUAGUGAUCAGACAAUAUUCCCCUUUCAGCAGAACUUAUAGUUUAUGAAAUGAGAGAUAUUCAACUCUGAUCAAUUUAUAUUAAAUGGAUGUGUAAUUAUUCAAAAGAUUUAACAAGCUUUUGUUGUGGGCUCUAAUUUCACA